AACUUAGCUUUAAUACAUGUUUCUGAAACGUGUCACUGUAGCAAACUGGACACCAAAACACCAUCCCGAUAUUUUCAAGUCUGCAUGUAUCACCGUUGACCUGUGAUCUAAAUGCACGAGGUCACUGUGGUGACCCUGGAUCACUGGGUUAAUUUUUUACAUUAUGUUUUCUUAUAUCUGUAUUGAAUUUGCAUGUCUGUACUAUUAUCCCUGUUCUGAAAAUUACCUGGAGGAUUGAGAACAAACGGUUUCAGCUGUGAACAUUUGCUAAGUAGUUGAAAAUUAUGAAGACACCCACGGAAAAGCAACUACAGAGAAUAGAAAAAAAACGCAAGAAGAUGGCUGCUCUUUUGGAAAUUACCAAACUCAACGACAAGGAUAGAGAAGCUAGAGCUCAUAAACAAGCUGAAAUGGAUAUUGGACAUGCUAGUGAUAGUAGUUCCAGUAGUGGAACUAUAAACGGUGAGAGUCCAAGUAGAAAACGUCCUUGUAGUAGACCAUUGGAAGAUCUCAAUCCAGAAUCUAUAAAAAAUGAGAAUGUAAAGAGCUUGGACAUUAUCAAGGAGCCUGAUUCACUAAGUAACAAGAAGCCUCGACUGAGUGGAGAAGAAUAUAUUAAAAUGAAGCAGGAACUUCGAGAAAGGUCGAACAAGCUCAAAGCUAUACCACGCUUUCGUUUAAAGGCUGUUGGUGACAAUGCCAGUUUAUGUAUUAAUUUAAAGAGCGAGGAAAGAAUUCCUAUAUUUCUAAGUGAUAUACAGCAUCUGCUAAUGUAUUCUCUUUUGGGUCAUCACUCUCCAUACCUGCCAGCUCGAUGGUGUCAUCUGGAAAAAUAUAAUAAGGUAUCUCAUACUGUGGUCCUGGUCAUAGAAGGACUAUCCCUAUAUCACUUCAUGGCUUACGAGUCAAUGUUUUCCAAUAUCACUACGAAUCUAGAACAUCGCUUAGAACUAGUGACACCAGCAGCUUAUGGUGGUUCAAUAGUUGAAGAAUUAGCAGCAGUACCACUCACUGGAACUCAGAGCGAUAGACUGAUAAAACUGACAUGGUUAAUUUCAGAAUUUGGUUCCCUUGAAGCUGCACUUCAGAGGACAGGUGAUCUAGUGAAGCUUCUGAAAGCUGUAUUUCCUAUGAAGCCGGCUACAACCUCAGACGGUAAAGAAUUAUCUGAGGAGGCCUACAAAGAUGUUCCAGUUACAGACAAGUUCCCCAGGACUCAGCUACUUCUGUCACCGUGGCAGCUAGUAGAGGAAAAUUAUCCUUUGCCCUUGGCAGGCGUACUGGCUACAAAAUAUCACGAUUAUAUAAUGACAAAGGAUAUGUACGUGGAAGCUACACCUAAGUCACCGAUGUAUGGUUUAGAUUGUGAAAUGUGCAGAACGACUACAGGAUUACUGGAGCUUACCAGGAUAACGUUAGUCGACGAGAGUAUGAAAAUACUCUAUGACACAUUGGUUAAGCCCGAGAACAAAAUUAUAGAUUAUCUAACAAGAUUCAGUGGUAUCACUGAAAAGAUGCUAGAGGAUGUGACUACAACAUUAAGUGAUGUGCAAAACACAUUGAAAACUAUACUUCCGGCAGACGCUAUUCUAGUGGGCCAAAGUUUAAAUUCAGACUUGCACACGUUAAAGAUGAUGCAUCCGUACAUAAUCGAUACAUCUGUAAUUUUUAAUAUAACUGGUGAUCGCUACAGAAAGACCAAACUGCAAGUCUUAGCUAGAGAAUUCUUAAGUGAAGCUAUCCAGCAGGGUAAAGCAGGACAUUGUUCAUCGGAAGAUGCCAAAGCUUCACUGAAAUUAGCCCAACUGAAGUUAGCCAACAGCGUAAACUAUGGAGACGCUGUCUUAACUGGACAACGUGAUCUUGAGUUACUGAAGAUGAGUACACACAAGCAACCUGGCCAAAAAAUAUUAGACAAAACCGAGCUACGUAAGUACGCUACAUCAAUCUUCAACCAUGUUACGAAGAAUCAAAAGAGCGCAGCUAUAGUGGGCAGUGAUGAUGUUAUGAACGAGUACUCGAGGUAUCUGAAGACGUCGUCCUUAAGUGUUAUGGAUGAUACGAACUUCGAUGCAAAUGAUCAGGUGCGUCUGGUACUGGCUGAUAGCUGCAAGGGUGCUGUAACCAGGGCAUCUCAAAUAGCAAUGGAGCACGCAUUUACUUUGUGCCAUGUCCAGGUCCCUGGUGAAGAUUUAGAGACUGAACGUCUAACGAAGACUUUCAGUAGUGUAAACAAGUGGGUGGACAAGUUGUGGCAACAUACUGCGCAGAACGGCUUAGUGUGUGUAGUUUUUGGUGGUCAAACAAAAGCCAGUAAUGGCGCCUGCUUUUUAAAUAUCAAAAAGGAUUUAGUGCACGCCAAAGCGCUGGCCAAAGCGUAGCGCAUUCAUUAAUAACCUGUAUGUGAUCAGCGUACCUCCGAAACAGAGACCUGAAUGAUAGAAAAUAUUGGGAAAUAAUGAGGUCACCUAAUCUCUAUUCGAUAUUCAUGUUUGCCAGCAAUGUACAAACUAGUGUAUCGUUAAUAAACAUUUGAUAUUUGUUUACGAA